AACUUUAAUUCAAGUUGGAAAGGCGGCGGCCUAUGCUACUAGCUACUCCAAGCUACUUAGCAUUAGCCAAACUGCAAUGUUUUAUAAAGGAGAAGGGCCAAUGCUACUAGCUACUCCAAUCUACCUAGCAUUAGCCAAACGGCGAUGUCUUAUAAAGGGGAAGUGCUACUAAAAGUAGGAAUCCAAGCUACUUUUCUUAAUUUUUAUAAACCUUUAUUUAUAAAUUGCAACAUUUACACAGAGUAGAGAAAUAAUCAUCAAAAUAAGUACAAAACAGCGCCAGGGGGUUGUAAACUCAAAGUAACUAAAAUAGAAUGCAAUAUAUAUAUAUAAAUAAAACAAAGUGCAAAGCCAUAAGCUCACACAAUUUCAGUAAAUUUAAAUUUGGAGCACAGCAUCAUCGUUUUCACAGCUUUUUGGUUGUUAGAGGUAGAGAGUGUUUUAACAGAUUUCUAAUUAUUUUUUAAAGGCACAAAAAACAUGUCGGGUAUUGAGAAACUUAAAUUUAUGAAUAUAAAACUCAGCUAAUAGUAUAAUGAGGUUGCAAAGGUAAAAUUCCUUUUCAUACAGUGUAAAUCCAAAUAGCACAUCUUUAAAACGUACUCCAAGCUACUUAGCAUUAGCCAAACUGCAAUGUCUUAUAAAGGGAAGGGCUAAUGCUACUAGCUACUCCAAGCUAAGUAGCAUUUGCCAACCCACAGUGUUGUACAACAUGUUAAAAUGUCGAGCGUGGGCUUCACGACCGGACCAUUGUUUCGGUGAGGCUGUGUUGCCCUGCUCAUUUUAAUCUGUUCAGUUUAAACACACAACCCGACGUUAGGACAACCGGAGCAACAGAGGCGAACUCUUCGCGGCAACCGGGCUGACCACGGCGUAGUCACGGUGCCUGCGACGGGUAACUGAACUGGGCGGAGUGCAUGAUCUCUUGGCUUUUUUUGGGGUUGUGUAGUAAAUCGCCGCCAAACCUCUCGUAGUUUGCUGAAAGCCCGAGAACGAAAAAACAGCAAACUUGAAGUACGAGAGGCCACCAUUACUUAGGGUUAGAAAAGACACUCCGCAAAGAAAACAUGGCGCUCGGGGGUAUUUAUAGUAGUGUAUUGUGAUGUCAUUGACAUGCGUCGUGACGUAGGGCUUCUUUUUUUAUUUUUUUAAAUAUUAAAACGUCAUUAACAUGCACCGUGACGUGGGCGCUUUAACAAAAUAACAUCCCAAGAUAUAUAAAUAUAUAUAUGUAUAUAUAUAUAUAUAUUAUUUGUUCAUCCAUCCAUCCAUUUUUUACUGCUUGUCCCUUUCGGGGACGCUGGAGCCUAUAUCAGCUGCAUUCGGGCGGAAGGCGGGGUACACCCUGGACAAGUUGCCAGCUCAUCGCAGAGGAAAGGUACACUGUGACAUCAGAGGACUCAACGGGAGGUGAACAAGCCCACAGGUGGUCUCUGGGACAUGUCAGGACAAGCAGAGCGGUCCAGGGCGAAGGACUGUUCAUUGACACCUUGAAAGACAACAUGACUACAGUGGUGGAGGAUGCCGGCAAGUACUACACUUGGCGACGCUUCGGUCCCGAGGACCAGCGCACACGUGAACUAUGGGUGGACAUGAGUGACCUGGGGCACGGCCAGGUUCGAGUCCACGGCAUUCUGUCAAACGCCUACCAACAGGCUACGAAAAUCGCCUUGUCGUUUGACUUCCCCUUUUAUGGACAUUACCUGAGGCAGAUUACCAUAGCAACGGGAGGGUUCAUCUUCACUGGCGAGCUCACCCACCGCAUGCUGACGUCAACUCAGUACAUCGCACCCCUGAUGGCUAAUUUUGAUCCCAGCCACUCCAAAGAGUCCACCGUGCAGUACCUGGAUAACGGCGAGGUGUUUGUGGUCCAGUGGGACCGGGUCAGACUGUCGGGCCAAGAGUCAGUGGGCCCCUUCACUUUCCAGGCAGCACUUUACAAAACAGGAACCAUCACGUUCAGUUACAAAGACAUACCAGUGCCUCCUAAAGAGUUCAGCCCGGCUAAACACCCGGUGAAGGCGGGUCUCUCUGAUGCCUUUGUGGUCGUAUCGUCCUCCCAGUCAUCAGUUGUCCAGAAGCAGAGGGUGUACGAGUACCAUCGCAUCGAUAUAGACGCCGCCAAUAUCACCAGUUUGUCAGCCGUCCAGUUCACUCCGCUGCCCACUUGCCUGCAACAUGACAACUGCGAGCGCUGCGUCUCGUCCAAUCAAACGUCCGGCUGCAGCUGGUGUAACGUUCUCCAGAGGUGUUCAGAUGGCAUGGAUCGACACAGGCAGGAAUGGUUGGACUUUAGCUGCUUGGAAGAGAGCAUAGGGACAACCUGCGAUGAGUACAAUGGCGAUAACACUUCUGUCACACCAGAAACCCAGGAAGUGACCGUGACUACUCCACAAGACGGCUGCAAACGUGUCGAUGCAAAGCAGGAGUCCACCACAAGCAGUAGUGAUGGCUGGGCUAACGCAGGAGUCCUCGCAGGUGUUGCAUCCGCUCUGGUCUUACUCUUGGCUCUGAUGCUUGUGGCUCUUUACAUCCACUGCCACCCAACUGCCGCAUACUUCAUCCAGCGACACAGGAGCUACUGGCCCUCCUGGAAGUUUCAGAAGCAGCAGCCUGGCUACACUGAAGUAGAAGGAGACGGGCAGGAGAGGAGCAGCAUCGUCCAAGACGGACCUUAAAGGAGGCAAUUCUUUGACAUUCCAAAAACCUACUUUAAAAAGCAGCACAUUGCAUAUUAUUAGUAGCCUUUAUAACCAAGCAACCAUUAAAAAAACAAGGACAUUAAGUACACUUGCACUAAUCUAAUGAAAUCCAGAAAUCUAGUAAUGUCCAUUUUUGUCUCCUGAGAGCUGCUUCUAAUAUUUUGAGCCUCUCUGGUAUAGACUUCUAUAAGGAUGGGUACCGUUCACAUUUAAAUUAAAACCACUACUCAAUGAUAUUAAUUUGGCUCUUUUGUUUGUAUUAAUAUUUUUAAAAAAUUAUGCUAAUUUUGAUAAUUGCAUCAUUUAAAAAUGAGCUGAUUAUGUUAAGUACUUGUUUUAAUACACAUUUCUGAGUCUUUGCAAGUAUGACAUUAAAGCUGGGGUACGUGAAUCUUGUCCCCAGGCAGAAGUCAAACUGUAAAUCCCGCCAUCCACUAGGUAGUCCCUCCCAGUCUCCUUCUCUCUGGAAGUGCACAAAAUUGUGCACAAGACCUGCACGUGCACACGCAUAGGUUGUUGACAGUCUAAAGUUGCAUCUAAGGAUCCCCUAGUUCGUAUUUUUACAGGUAACACACGUCGCCACGCAAAAGGAUACAUACACAAUAUGGGAAUGGAACAUUAGAUGACCUGCCUAGAAGGAAAACAGCCACUUGCGCAUCCAAAGUUAUUCCAAGACUGGUCCGCAAUGCCCUCCAUCUUGAAUACGCCGGCCCAAUAUUUAUUCGAGAUUUGGCUCUUCUUUGGUUUUUUGGAUCUGGGGAGGUCGAUUGCCUCAAAGACAAAUUAUUUUGUCUUCCGGAGUUUUAUUUACUAAAAUACUUAAUUAUAAGGCACAGACAGCACGCAGGUGUACGUUUUUUUCAUAAUUGAUUGAUUGAUUGAGACUUUUAUUAGUAGAUUGCACAGUACAGUACCUAUUCCGUACAAUUGACCACUAAAUGGUAACACCCAAAUAAGUUUUUCAACUUGUUUAAGUCGGGGUCCACUUAAAUUAAAUGAUUACUGUUACGAUUUACUGUAUGAUGCUAAUAUGAUUUUAGUUAAAGAAUAUAACUUAUGUACCCCAGCUUUGAAUUGCAAUUACAGUAGCGAGUCCAAGUCGUUCAGAUGGCAGUAGUGUCUAGUUCAUGGUCUGUUGGCUAGUCAGUUUAGUCUUUGCUGAAUCAAGUCUUUUGUUGCGCCCUAAAAAGUGUUAAUACUGUAAGUAUUGUUCUUGAUACACACCAGCUGUUUGAUUGUAACGUGCAUUUUAGUUGUAGUUUUCAUCAACCCAUUUUGAGAGGUUAAAAUUGCCAUGUAAAAUCACUAAUGCUAAUCAGUAGCAUGUCAAUAGCAAAGCCAAAGUAUAUUAGCAUCAAGCUAACGCAUUUUUAGAAAAGUAUUCAACUUACGCUGCAGCGUUUGUUAAAAAUUUUUUUUUUAAAAAGUUUAAAAAAGUAUCGGAGGACAUCGGCUUGCAUGUAAAACCUGAUACAAGCAGUCUUGCAGAGUGUUUACUUGUGUGCAAAGCUGGACAGCCAGUUAACAUCUAAAUGUCCUCCGAUAAACACCCAAGGUGAGUCUUUUCUUCUACUUUUGUCAAGUCAUUUACAAAAGGUAAACACGCUAGGCGAGGGAUUUUCAAACUGUGGUACCUGUACCACUAGUGGUACGCCAAAGAAUCUCUUGAUUAAACUACAUUGUUUUGAUUUCCUAUAUUCAAACACAUUGUUACUGUUCAAACUGUGUGUAAUGUUACAGUGACCAAAAUGUUAAAUAUACUUGUUAAAUAAAACUCUUGCCUUGUUUUUAAUGAAAAAUUUGGCCUACUAAGCUACUGUAUUUUAAUGUUGGUCAUUAUGGUGGUAUUUGGAGAGCCAAGUUUUUUUCUGAGGGUGUACUUAGUAAAAAAAAAAGAAAGUGAGAAUCACUGUGCUAAGCUAUAGGGUACUAGGAGCUAGCACAACAACUGAGCACACAACAGCACAAAAGUUAGACGGACGUAAUACCGUAUUUUUCGGAGUAUAAGUCGCACCGGCCGAAAAUGCAUAAUAAAGAAGGAAAAAAACAUAUAUAAGUCGCACUGGAGUAUAAGUCGCAUUUUUUGGGGAAAUUUAUUUGAUAAAACCCAAUACCAAGAAUAUUUGAAAAGCAAUUUAAAAUAAAUAAAGAAUAGUGAACAACAGGCUGAAUAAGUGUACGUUAUAUGACGCAUAAAUAACCAACUGAGAACAUGCCUGGUAUGUUAACGUAACAUAUUAUGGUAAGAGUCAUUCAAAUAACUGUAAGCGGUAGAAAAUGGAUGGAUGGAUAUAGAAUAUGCUAUACGUUUACCAAACAAUCUGUCACUCCUAAUCGCUAAAUCCCAUGAAAUCUUAUACGUCUAGUCUCUUACGUGAAUGAGAUAAAUAAUAUUAUUUGAUAUUUUACGCUAAUGUGUUAAUUUCACACAUAAGUCGCUCCUGAGUAUAAGACGCACCCCCGGCCAAACUAUGAAAAAAACUGCGAUUUAUAGUCUGAAAAAUACGGUAAGUAGAGGUGUGAAUCUUUGGUGAUUUGAGCCGGUUACGAUUCUUGGGAUAGCCCUUUGAGACACUUGUGAUUUAGGGCUAUAUAAAUAAACAUUGAUUGAUUGAUUGAUAAUGAUUCAAUUCAGAAUUGAUUCUUGAUUCAACUUGAUUAACCUGAUGUAUUAUUUGGUUGCUGACAUAUGAUGUAGAGGUGCAGCGAGUAAGCAUGGGGAUGAACUCAAAAUGUAUUUUUAGAAAUACAUUCUUAAAAAAUAUACAUACAUAAUAAUAAUUUUGAAGUAGAAUAAAUAAGAAUUUUGAUGUAAAUAGAUUUUUUUGAGCACCCCUAGUAAUGAGUGUCCUUUGGCUUAAUUGAACAAUAUUGCAGUGUAAAACAGCACAUUUGUCAAUAUAAACAAGUAUCAAAUAAUUAUAGUUGCAUAUUACUUACACAUACAAAGUCUUCAAGGCAGAAGUGCAUUAGAAAAUAUCCAGUGACAAACGUGUCCGCAUCAUUCAACUUACUUCAAACCAAUUACCACUCCACUUUAAUUUGAAGACAGCAUACAUCCAUUCCAGACGAUCAAUAACUAGUAGUGUAGUGUUUUUUUUAAACCUACCUCUUCUAACAAUGCACAUUACAAAAUAAUGAAAGGAAGUAUGAUUCCUGCUGAUACCGUAUCAGAUCGAUACUGGCAUUCGCCAAUACUCAAGGCUCCAAUAUCAGAAUUGUAUCGGAAGUAAAAAAAUUGGUGUCCAAUUUGCAAACCAGGGAUGCAGCUCACAGUUAGUUUUUUUUUAACAGGCCCGUGGCAUAAUCCAUGAAUGAAAUUAAAAGCAAGAACACAGAAAAGGAUGAGAUAAUCUGUGCUAAAAUAAAAAUCAAAUGGUUACAAAAUGAGAAAACUUUGAAUAUAUAUGUUAUUUAAUAUUAUUAGGAUGUCCUAAAGUACUCUGGAUGGAUCAUUGUGUGUUUAAUAAACAAUUGGGUCAGAAUGUAAAAGUGACAAUAGGAAGUGAAUGCAUGAAACAUGUCAGGUGUAGCAAGCGUAUCAGCAGCAGGUGUCAGUCUAAACACAUGUUGAUACCUCUUACAGUCCAACAUAGCAGUUGUGUGCAAACGUGAGAGCAUUUGAUUUCUUUCAACCUCCUCCUGCCUCCUGCCUCCAUCCCUCCAUCCCUGUGGCCUGUCAAUGACUGCACAGCCAUGCAAUACAGAACAGAUGGAGCCAAAAAAAUCUGAUUUGUUGGACCUUGAUUUUGUCACACACACAAAAAAGAGGUUGGCAAAACAAGACACAAUCAAAGCCAUGUAUAUUUGGUUGUGGAAUAUUAUGUGUUCCAAUGUUAGAUAUGGGGAAAUAAUUACAAAAGUGUUUUUUUUUUUUUUCCCAAUUAGGCUUAUAAACAAUAUCAAUUAGAACACACAACACCUCUUUUCCCUAUACUAUAUUGUACAUAUCAAAGUCACCAGUCUGGUACAUUUUCAGGCAGCUAAAAUCGUGCAUAUCCGUCAUCCUAGUCACUGCCGUUGUGUCCUUGGGCAAGACACUUUACCCACCUGCUCCCAGUGCCACCCAGACUGGUUUAAAUGUAACUUAGAUAUUGGGUUUCACUAUGUAAAGCGCUUUGAGUCACUAGAGAAAAGUGCUAUAUAAAUAUAAUUCACUUCACAAUUCACUUCACAAAGCAGGUAACCUACUUUCUUUUUAUAUGAACACGAGUACAAAUAUGGACUCAAUCAUAUAUUUUUUAAUGUUGCAGAAUUGCUUUUUUGUAUUUGUGAAUCGUUGUUUUACAUACAGAAAAUUGUUUUCAUAAUUGCGAAUGUUUUUUUUACUUGCAGAAUUUUUAUUUUUUUCACUUGCGAAUCGUUUUUUUACUUCCAGAAUUUCAUUGUUUUUACCUGCAAAUUUUUGGGCGUAAGUACAAACAUUUUUGUGUGUUUGUGGAGUUUUGGCAGUGACUUCACCCCUGCAAUAAAAACAUAUAUUUGUCUCAAGUGAUUGCCCUUGUCAAACCAGUUUCGUUUUUUUUUAUUGAAGAAAAUUGAUUUUAUAUUUGCAAAUCCUUUUGUAGCUGCAGAAAAUUGUUUUUAUACUUACACAUAUUUGUUUAUGUAGCAAAAUUGUUUUUUGUACUUGUGAAUCAAAAAAUAGUACGGAACCCCUAAAAGGACAUGGGAGAAUUUUUUUU